AUGGCACGUUCUAGAGGUGGCGUUAGAUCCAGACCAGCUCCAGCCCAGACCCGUUCGGCGUCCACCAUGGCUGCUCAACCCCAUCAACAGCAGCACGCUCCAGUAGCACCACAGCAGUCUAGCGCCUACUCUCAUCCACAAUCGGGUGCGCAGGCUCGCCAGCCCGGUCUAUUCUCGCAGAUGGCUUCGACCGCUGCCGGUGUGGCCGUCGGUAGCGCUGUGGGUCACACUUUGGGUGCCGGUCUAACCGGCAUGUUUUCUGGAUCCUCCAGUGCUCCUGCUGCCGAGCAGCAGCAGACAUUCGCGCAGGACCAGGCCAGAGGCUGUGACGUUGAUGCCAGAACCUUCACCAGAUGUUUGGAAGAAAACAGCGGAAACAUGCAAGUGUGCGAUUUCUAUCUGCAGCAGUUGAAGGCUUGCCAAGAGGCCGCUCGCCAGUACUGA